AUGUGUUUCUUUCUCAGCAACCUCUCCUUCCAGGAGGCUUGGUACAUCCCAGCCACUGUUGGUGAACUUCUUGUUGAAAGCAAGAAUAUAUCUUUUGGAGGCAGUAUGAUGCAGCUUUACUUCUUCAGCUCCCUUAUUUGUACUGAGUGUGUCUUCCUUGCAGUUAUGACUUAUGAUUGUUACGUGGCCAUUUGCAAUCCCGUGAGCUAUUCAGUCAUCAUGUUACUUGCCACAUGCUCCUGGCUCAUGGGCUUCUUUAUCUCCAUGCUGAAAGUAGUUUUCAUCUCUCAGAUGUCUUUUUGUGGCUCCAAUAUCAUCAAGCACUUCUUGAGUGACAUCAGGCCCUUGCUGAAUAUAUCAUGUAUGGACAAUGUGGCUGGAACAGUGAAUUUCAUCCUGGCCUUACUUAUCUUGCUGGUUCCACACUCUGUCACAAUUAUUUCCUAUAUAUGCAUCAGCAGCAGCAUCUUGCAUAUCCCCACAUCCCAGAGCAGGAAGAAAGCCUUCUUCACCUGUGUUUUUCACCUUGCUGUAGUCAUUAUCUUCUUUUCAGUCUCUCUGUUCAUGUAUGGGUGACCCAAAAGAAUCCAUUUUUUUGACUUCAACAAGCUGGUGUCUACUGUGUACACUACUGUAUAUUCCAUGCUAGAUCCCUUCAUUUACUGCCUAAGGAACCAGGAGGUUAAAGUGGCUUUGAAAAAAUCUUCAUUGUUAGGCAGAUGUUCUCCAAGGUAUUUCAAGCCAUUGCUGUCCACCAUUAAGAUAGUUCCUAUUGACAGAACUCUCGGCGCUGUAGACGUGCGCUGCCGGAAAGUCUUUGUCUAUUUGCUGGCUUCUCCCGGUUCUCGGUCGACUGGGUCCUUGAGGCUAGGCUGCGGUGUCCCGGUGUCGGCAGAGGGGGCCCUCAGCACGGGCUGCGAGUGGCGGGCGCGGGGCAGCGGCGGCUUUCGGCAGCGGCGGUGGCAGCUUCAGGCGCGGGCGCGUCUGUGGUGGUGGCUUCGGGCUGCGGCGGGCGGCAGCUGGGUCUACGUUGUCAUCACGGACAGGCAGGGGUCGUCAGGAAGCGGCAGGCUGCGGCAGUGA